GAGUUUAUGGCUACAUACGGAAGAUUUUGCAAUGAUGUCCAAGCUAAGAUUCCUCCAUAUAGAUGGAGCAAACUUUGAAGUAGACAUUCCCCAUCUUCCUUCUAAUUUAAGAUGGUUCAGUUGGAGGCAAAGCUGUCUGGAAAUUGUACCAGCCAAUUUUUAUCACAAGAAAUUAGUUCAUAUGGACCUAUCAUACAGCAAGAUUAGACAAGCUUGGACAAACAAGCCCCAAAAUGAAAAUCAUCGGUUUCAAAAAUUGAAAGUUCUCUGUCUUCGGGAAUGUGUUUUUCUAUAUGAAUCCCCUGAAUUUUCAUGGUUCCCUUACUUAGAGACACUGGAUCUUAGAGGUUGCUCUAGAAUGGUUAGUUUACACAAAUCCAUUGGUGACUUAAAGUCUCUGGUUGCUCUUUCCUUGGACCGUACAAAUAUUGAUGAACUCCCAAACAGUACUUGUAAGCUGAGUUCUCUCAAAGUUAUCACACAAUGCUUCUCACUCAAAAGCUUGCCUGAGUCAAUUGGUGAUUUAAAGUCUUUGGUUACACUUCGCUUGGAUGGUACAAAAAUUGAAGGACUCCCAAACAGUAUUUGCAGGCUGAGUUCUCUCAAAGAUCUAAGUCUUGAUUUAUGCUCAUCACUCAAAAGCUUGCCUGAGUCAAUUGGUGAUCUAAAGUCUUUGAUUAUGCUUUCCUUGCAUAGGACGAAAAUUGAAGAACUCCCAAACAAUAUUUGCAAGCUGACUUCUCUCGAAUAUUUAAGUCUCCUGUAUUGCUUCUCACUCAAAAGAUUGCCUAAGUCAAUUGGUGAUCUAGAGUCUUUAGUUACGCUUCGCUUGGAUGAAACAAAAAUUGAAGAACUCCCAAACAGUUUUUGCAGGAUGAGUUCUCUCAAAGAUCUAAGUCUUGAUUUUUGCUCAUCACUCAAAAGCUUGCCCGAAUCAAUCGGUGAUCUAAAGUCUUUGGUUACACUUCACUUGGAUAGGACAAAAAUUGAAAUACUCCCAAACAGUAUUUGCAGACUGAGUUCUCUCAAAGAUUUAAGUCUUGAUUUUUGCUCAUCACUCAAAAGCUUGCCUGAAUCAAUCGGUGAUCUAAAGUCUUUGGUUACGCUUCGCUUGGAUAGGACAAAAAUUGAAGUACUCCCAAACAGUAUUUGCAGGCUGAGUUCUCUCAAAGAUCUAAAUCUUGGUUAUUGCUCAUCACUCAAAAGCUUGCCUGGGUCAAUUGGUGAUCUAAAGUCUUUGGUUACGCUUCGCUUGGGUGGUACAAAAAUUAAAGGACUCCCAAACAGUAUUUGCAGGCUGAGUUCGCUGAAAGUUCUAAAUCUUGGUUAUUGCUCAUCACUCAAAAGCUUGCCUGAGUCAAUCGGUGAGCUGAAAUCUUUGGUUAUGCUUCGCUUGGAUGGGACAAAAAUUGAAGGACUCCCAAACAAUAUUUGCAGUUUGAGUUAUCUCGAAGUUCUAAGUCUCAUGGAUUGCUCAUCACUCAAAAGCUUGCCUGAGUCAAUCGGUGAUAUAAAAUCUUUGGUUAAGCUUUCCUUGCGUGGGACAAAAAUUAAAGUACUCCCAAACAGUACUUGCAGGCUGAGUUCUCUCAAAACACUUAAUCUCCGUAGAAUGGAGUCACUAAACAAGUUGCCUAAGGCCAUUGGUGAUCUUAACUCUUUGGUUGAAAUUUAUUUGGACCAGACAAAUAUUAAAGAACUUCCUAUUGGUGUUGGAUGUUUAGAGAAACUUGAGGUAUUAAGUGUUGAGAAUUGCCAUAACCUAGUCAUGCUACCAAUAUUUGGGGGGAGAAUGAGGUGUUUGCGUUACAUUAACCUGAUAGGAACCAGCAUUUUACCAUCAUCGGAUGAUUUUCCAAUGCUCCCUAAGUUAGUGGAGUUAAGCAUUGGGAACAAGCUUGAAUCUUCUCUCCCACCCUGGCUUAGUGGUCUUCGACAACUUAAAAAGCUCUUAUUGCGAGGAUACACAAGGCUUGGGUCACUUCCAGAUUUGUCAAGCCUAACUAAUUUGAUGGAAUUAAGACUUUUUAAUUGCGAAAAUUUAGAAGAUAUUGGAGGCCUGAAGGGAACAAAAUCCUUGAAACAGCUGACCGUACGUGAUUGCUACACCAUAACAGAUGCUCGAUGGAAGAUACUUGGCCAGGUCAUUUUUUCUGUCUUGUGUGUGUGCUCAACUCUCAUUACUUCCAAUUGGUUUCUUAAAUUGAUGAUUGACUGGUCCUAUACUUUCCUUUCCUCUUAUUUUUGCAGGGAACAUUUUUAGCAGAUGGGAUACAGAGAAGGGACUCCGUGAAUGUCAAUGAUGGGGCAUGUAAGGGGUUAAUUCUAUGUCUUGUUUUUGCAUUAACCCUCAAGGUACAUAAGGUAUGGCAAGAGGGUGAGCUUGUGAACCUCGAGAUAUAUCUUCAAGCUGAAAUCCGUGGAAAACAUAGAAAUACAAGUUGUGAUAUUUAUCUGCCAAUGAGAGGCGUUAAAUUUACUACUGAGCGAGAUUUAAUAUACAUUCACCAUUUCAAAGGGUUUGACUGGUUUGGGCUUCCAUUGGAAGGAACAGAUGAAAUUGAGGUAAUAAAUGCUUCAUUUAUGCCUGUGAGGUUAAUUGAUCC